AUGUUAUUGAACCCGCUCUCUGUGGCGGCUAUUCUUGGAGCCCUUUUGGUGUUCUACCUAGCACGCUGCUAUUCAUCCCCCUUGUGGAGAAUCCCCGGGCCAGCACUGUCCAAAAUCACCUCAAUCGCCCUGAGAUGGCACGAAUUCGGCGCAAAUCGAACGCUAUACAUCCACUCUUUGCACUUGAAGUAUGGCCCGGUCGUGCGAAUCGCGCCCAAUGAAGUUUCAUAUACGUCUUAUGAGGCUGUCAAGGAGAUUUACGGAUCACUCGGAAGUGGUUAUGACAAGCAUCGUUUCUACAACCUCUUCAAGGUUUUCGGGCGCAGAACCAUGUUUUCAACCCUUGUGAAGGGCGAUCACGCGAAGCGCAAGCGUAUCAUUGCCGACCGCUAUGCCAAUAGCAAUGUGGUGAAGCCCAUAGCGCUGAGCGGUAUUGAGAAGCGUGCGGAAGAGUUUGUCAGGCAGUGUGCUGAUGCAGCAAGUAGAAGUGUGAAUGUCUAUGUAAGUUCAAAUCUUCAAGCACGAAGAAAUGGCGGCGAGUCCUGUAUCAGUAACACUGACACUGUUGUCCCUGAUCACCAGGUCAAGCUUCACUCUUACGCUUGUGACUGCGUGACCCAUCACUUGUUCCACCCCUACGGAACCAAUAGUCUUCAGAAACAGGAAGACACGGACAUGAUGGAGCAAGUCACGACGGACGAUAGUCUACGAAACCGCCUUAUCCAGCAUCACUACCCCGUCUUUUACCAGUACUUCUCUAAGAUUCUUGACCUGUUCUUCGAUCCACGAACCACGCCCCUUGCUAAGGACUUCGUUGUUAAUGCUACCUCCAAAAUUGAUCCCGCGCCGUUCACUCUGUUAAGCCGCCUUCAAGACAAGAGGGAAAGCGGCAGCAGCGUCAACCAGAUGGACGCCAUUGACAUCGCCGCGGAAUGUACGGAUCACAUGGUAGCUGGCAUCGAUACAACGGGUGAUUCGCUGUGUUUCUUGUUGUGGGAACUGUCACAGCCGGCAUCUCUUGAGAUUCAACGGAAACUCCGGGAGGAAAUUCGAGAGAAUCCAGACGCCUCUUUUGACAAGCUUUCUUACCUUGACGCCGUGGUUCAAGAAGGCCUCCGAUGCUAUCCUGCGAUUCCAAUGUCCCUACCUCGCGUGGUCCCACCGGGAGGAAAGACCGUCGAUGGCUACUUUGUUUCUGAGGGUACCAUCGUGAGCAGCCAGGCAUACUCGGUUCACCGCAACAACGAUGCAGUCUUCCCCAACCCUGACACCUUCAGCCCUGAACGCUGGCUAUCUCCCACCGGAGAAGCCGAGAGGAAGAGACACAUGUUUGCCUUUGCUCAUGGUGGAAGAGGUUGUGUCGGAAAACAUCUUGCAUUGGCAGAGAUGAAAAUCUUACUCCGUGGCAUAUACGGACGAUAUUCCACUGUACCAGAUCCUUCCAUCACUCCCGAGAGUAUGCGAUCUCACGACCAGAUCAUUUCUGCCCGGCCAUACGGACAACGUUGUCUCUUGCGAUUCGUUCCUAUUGCGAAUGAAGAGGCUGUAUAA